AUGGGCCCGAAACUGGGUCUUUCCUCUGAGACGCAGGACUACCCGCCCUCCAGGUUGGUCCCGCCCUUUGCUACGCGAAGUAGGGACUCCCGGAUCUGUGAGCGGAGCCCUGCCCAGGACUGGGCGGUGCCAAAACCCCAGUUUAAAAACUCGCGGGGACCAGUCCCUACAUCGGGGACCCGGCGGCGGCUCCGCGGGGCAACAGCGAGGCUGGCGCAGCGCCGAGGCCGGGGCCCUGGGGCCCAGCAAUCCGCGCCACGGACUCCCCGAGGUAAUAGAUGGGCGGGAAGUGGGGGGAAGUUCAAGCACCGGACCUCAGGGGUCUACGCUGGCUGCGACCUCGCCCCGGGACUUUCCGAGUCACCACCAGCCAAGGUCCCUAGGGCUGAGCAGGAAUUCCCCACGCGCGGGGAUUCCGUGAGCGCCACGCUUGACCGCGCGCCACGCCUCCAGACCGGACCUCUAGGGACCAGAAGGGAAACCGAGAGAUGGAAGAUUCCUUUGCGUGAGCGCUGUGACGUCAUGAGCAAAAACGAGCGCAGCCACUGCCCAUCACAGACGGUGAAGAAGCUUCUGGAAGAGCAGCGGCGCCGCCAACAACAGCCUGAUGCUGGUGGGCCCCCGGGACAGUUUCUGGCUCCAUUGGUGCAGUCCCUGACGCCGUCGGCAAAUGAAAGUGACGCUGGCCACAGUCACUUCCUCACGCACCAGGAGACUGUGAGUUCUGGACUUGGUGGCCUGGCCACUCCCACAGGCCUUCCAGACUGGGAUCCCAACACGCAUGCCGCCUACACAAACAGCCCUUACUCUUAUCCUGCUUCUGCUGCUGAAGGACUUGUGACUUCCAACUUCUACCCACCCUCGGACCCACGGCAGCUGUGCCCAUUUCCCCAGGGCAUGGAGGCAGAAUCCUGGCGAGUUUCUGGACUCCUCUCAGGACCCUCACAGUUACCCCCUGUAGUCCAGGGACCCUCCCUGGAAGCAGCCCGUGCUCACAUGCUGGCCUUGGGACCACAACAGCUGUUGGCCCAGGAUGAAGAGGGGGACACGCUCCUGCACCUGUUUGCGGCUCGGGGGCUGCGCUGGGCAGCAUAUGCGGCGGCUGAGGUGAUUCAGGCUUACAGACAUCUGGACAUCCGUGAACAUAAGGGAAAGACGCCUCUUCUGGUGGCGGCCGCUGCCAACCAGCCUCUGAUUGUGGAGGAUCUUCUGAACCUGGGCGCAGAACCCAAUAUCACUGAUCAUCAAGGACGUUCCGUCUUGCAUGUGGCUGCUACCUAUGGGCUUCCAGGAGUCCUCUUGGCUGUGUUUAACUCCGGGGUUCGAGUUAACCUGGAAGCCAGAGACUUUGAGGGUCUCACGCCCCUGCACACAGCCAUCCUGUCCCUCAACAUUGCCAUGCACCAACCAGAGCUGUGUCCCCGGGGGCUGAGUACCCAAGCCCAAGACAGGCUGACUUGUGUCCAGAUGUUGCUGCACAAUGGUGCUGAUCACACCAGCCAGGAGAUCAAAAGCAACAAGACAGUUCUGCACUUAGCUGUACAGGCCGCCAACCUUACCUUGGUCCAGCUGCUGUUAAAGUUGCCACAGAGAGACAUGCGGACUUUUGUCAACAUGAAGGCUCAUGGGAACACAGCCCUGCACAUGGCGGCUGCCCUGCCCCCUGGGCCUCCCCAGGAGGCCAUCGUGCGGCACUUGCUAGCAGCUGGAGCAGACCCAACAUUGCGCAACCUGGAGAAUGAACAACCUAUUCACCUGCUGAGACCAGGCCCAGGCCCUGAGGGGCUCCGGCAGCUAUUGAAGAGGAGCCGCGUGGCAGCCCCAGCCCUGUCCUCUUAGGACUCGAAUCUAGACCUGGACUGAUUUUCCAGUCCCCUCCGUCCUGUGGGACAGCCAGCGUAUGCUAAUGUUGCAAAUACAUAGUAAUAUAUGUAGAAUGUCCAGCUAUCCAGGGUCUUACAUUAAAACCCCAGAAUGGCUGC